GCAAAACAGGAAGUGAUGAACAUUUAUUGUGACAGUAGCAUCGCAACAUAGCAAUUUACUGAAACUUUUUUUCCCAAAGAUGGUGAAGAUCGUAUUAAUUGAUAAAGCGUUUGUAAAACACCUUCAAAACCUGGCAAAACUCACCAAAAACUCUAACAAGUCAAAGCAAGCGAAACUGCACGUUUUGCGGUAAGCCCUCCAGCUAUCUGAAAAACUUGAACCAAUUAAGUAGCAGAGCAAUAAGUGGAUGUUAUUGUAAACAGUAUAUUGGCCAGCAUAGAGUUGGCAAUUUCACUUUGGUCUUGCUCUUCCAGUUGUGUACGAGGUGAGUCCUUUACUGUGAUCCAUCGACAUACUUUUCUGGCUUUCUUGGUUUUUGGACACAGCCUUAGCGUUUGCUCUCGAUUCAGGUCGAGCCAAAUGGGACAGAGCGAAUCUCGAAAAGAACUUGGUGGGUUGGAUCUUGUUCAAGGAGCCAAAAAUCUGCUUGACUUUCUUGCACUGGUCGAUGAACACCCCAGCCUGUUCUCCGGCCCUGUUCUUAAAAAUGCUAUUAGAAGAUAUGAGCAUCUUUGGCUGCCAUUGAUAGCUCUUCAGCAACGCAUGUAUGGGAGAACAAACCUAGCUGCCCCUCUGGACAUCGCGUGGGUAUGGCACGUGCACAUGCUAGCACCACAUCAUUACGAGAAGGAUUGUGACAACAUUGUUUCGGGGUUGGUGGACCACUACCCCGUGACACCACGUCAGAGGCAAGCUGGUCUUUUACGAGCCAAGCGUGUUUGGGAAAAAAGGUACCCUUUCGAACCGUUUGAGAUCAACCUAGACAAAGAUCCAUGUCCGGUGCCGCAGCCUUGCAGCACUUGCGGCACAAGAAUCGAGUACAAUCUUGAAAAAGCCUGCCAACGCCAGUUCAAAUUCUACUACCAGGUGUCUCUACCUCAUUAUCGCGACAACAGAUUCCUCAAAGACGCUGUUGAUCGAUACGUAACCCACCUGCGUCUAAAGCAAAGCAACUCAGAUGUAUUCUUGGUUCCAUGUUACGACUUCGACCUCAUCUGGCAUGCGCAUCAACUACAUCCAACUAAAUACAAGCAAACUACAACAAAGUGGCUUGGAAGAAUACUCAAGCACGACGACUCCGUAACAGACAGGACAACGGGAUCGAAGUUGUAUGACGCUGCGAUAAAAACCAGGGCAAUAUGGAAGGAAGCAGGCUGCAGUUUAAACAAAGCAGGGGCUAUGUACAGAGGUGAUCCCCCAGAUCCCAAAACGCCACAUGUAAGGUCGUUUAGUGCCCUUGUUCCGGAGGGAACAAAAUAUCAAGUUCACAUAGUGAAAGCAGAGGUCAUAAAGUCUCAGGCAAAACAUAAGUCAAUUUCGAUUCGACUAAUGGAUCACAGUAACACGUUAGUUUUUUCGCAAGGCUUGAAAAAGACCUCGAAAUACUCCACUCCUUUUAUCGUGAGCCACGAUGGAAGCGUAGGAGUAUUUGAAGUGGUAGUUGCACUUUCUGCGACGACAGACCCCAUUGGAGAACAGCUAGUGAGCGACCAAGUGGACAUUUCAAAAUGCUUGAGUGCUUUUAAAGGAAAGGAGGAAAGAAGAUUCCCUGAUAUUGCUUUAGAUGUUGACCUUAACGCUGGAAGCUAUAGAGUGAGAAUCACCAUUCGAGUGAAUUUUGCAAGAUUCCAAGAACCUAGAUUUACUCUCGAACCGUGUACGUUCUUUACGCAGUUUGAUCAUCCACUCAGCAUCCUUAGCUGCCCACAUUUAACGCUGUCACCAGAAGACAUGGCUAGGCCAAUUUUGCCGUGUGAGUCGUUUACUCAUUGUUUCAUAGAUUCAAGACGUGGAAACGAAUUAUUCCACUGUCGAGUCGUCCACUCUAAUCACGGAAACAAUCCGUUAUCUGCAGCGGAAAUCUUGGAUCCUGACGAAAACGCUGUGGCAACAGCUCAUUUGCUAAGUCCAACUGCAUCAUCAUUUUCCUUUUUUGGCAAUCCACUCGGCCAGAAUAACAAGAACAAGAACUCCAACAGACCAAGCGCCUUACAUUUCAUCUUAUGAAACAGGCGUGAGAAACGGCGUCCUUGAACUCAACCUCGUUCCCAGGGUCCUCUCUUCCUCGAGUAAGAGAAAGGAUCAUAAGAACGAGGCUGCCUUGGACUCUGCGAAAGCAAUAGCCCUUUUCACGGUUACCUUUGCUCAUUUGCAUUACAAUAAAAUCCAGCAUGUAU